CCAUAAUUUUACAUUUUUGUCUCUUUUCUUGUUCCUCGACAAUCGACAGACACUUCCGCCGCCCGUCGAUAUCUGCAUAGUUCCCGGCGACUUCUUCUUCUUCUCGUCUCAAGUGGUAGUGCCAAAACCAAUUUAAAGCCUUUAUCGUUCGUGAGGCUCCUUAGAAGAAGCUAUGGUUGAUUUAGAUGACUUGCUUUUGGAAGCUGCUGGUAGAACAAACGCAGCUGCUACAAGGCGCCGUCAUUCUCAUCCUUCAUCAUCCAGGAGACGUGAAGGUUCUUUCUCUGAUGGUGGCAGCGAUUCAAGAGACGAUUCUGAUGAAGACCGUGGCUACCCAGCAAGUAGGAAACCCUCUGUUUCUCAAGUUCCUUUGAAAAAGAGAUUAGAGGCAGAGAGAGAAGCUCGAGCGGAAGGAGGUUAUGGUGACGGCACAUCUGAUCGUGAAGGCGACAGCAGCGAGGAGUCUGAUUUUGGAGAUGAUCUUUACAAGAAUGAGGAAGACAGGCAGAAGCUUGCUGGGAUGACUGAGUUUCAGAGAGAGAUGAUUCUUGCUGAACGUGCUGAUAAGAAAGGUGAUAAGAACUUUACUGAAAAGCUUAGGUCCAAGAGAGAAAACGAGAAGACCACCACCCCUGUUUCCAAAAAGGACACUCAGCCUCUUCCGGCAUCUCGUGGUGUUCGGUCUUCUGCUAGAUCUGCAGACAGAGCAGCUGCAAAGGAUGAUGCUUUGAACGAGUUGAGGGCAAAGCGUAUGAAGCAGCAGGACCCUGCGGCUCUCAAGAAACUGAGAGAUGCAUCAAAAGGCGGUUCAGGUAGCAGAGAUUUCUCAUCGAUGAAGAGGAAACCUUUAGCUUCCUCGAAGUUUAGUAGCUCAAGUGACAGUGAUAGGUCUCAGAGCGACGAUGAAGGCUCCAAUGGAGGAAUGGUGGACAGUGAUGACGACAGGUCAGAUGUGCCUACGUAUGAGGAUAUUAAGGAGAUUACAAUUAGGAGGUCUAAGCUUGCUAAAUGGUUAAUGGAGCCUUUCUUUGAAGAGCUUAUCGUUGGUUGCUUUGUGAGGGUUGGGAUUGGAAGGUCAAAGAGUGGUCCGAUUUAUAGACUCUGCAUGGUGAAGAAUGUUGAUGCAGCUGAUCCAGACAAGGCAUACAAGCUAGAGAACAAAACUACACACAAGUACCUUAACGUGUUCUGGGGAAAUGAAACCUCUGCUGCUCGUUGGCAAAUGGCAAUGAUCUCAGAUGGGCAUCCUGUGGAGGAAGAGUAUAGGCAAUGGAUCAGAGAGGUUGAGAGAACAAAUGGUCGCCUGCCUUCAAAGCAAGAUGUAUCAGAGAAGAAAGAAGCGAUCAGAAGAAUCAACAGUUUUGUCUACUCGGCGGAGACUGUUAAGCAGAUGUUGCAGGAGAAAAAGUCUGCAUCCGUCAGGCCAAUGAAUGUUGCGGCCGAGAAAGAUAGGCUUGGAAAAGAGUUGGAGAUUGCAGAGAGCAAAAACGAUCAAGCAGGUGUGGAGAGGAUCAAAGCUAAGAUCAAGCAGCUCGAUGCGUCACGGAAUAAGAAAGGAGUAGAUAAAAAAGCGCUCAAACUCUACGAGAUGAACAAGAAGAACAGAGCUGAGAAUUUCAAGAACGCAUCUGAGGUGAAAUCAAUCACUGCUAGUCUCAAGGCUGGUGAAGCUGGAUAUGAUCCGUUUUCAAGGAGGUGGACACGAUCAUCGAACUACUACAAUGGUAAAAACAGUGGGAAAGACGGAGGAGAGAACGAGGCCGCAGUUGCAGCAGCGGUAAAGAGCAAUGGAGCAGAUGCAGAAGGAGAGAACGGUGUUGAAGCGACAGAAGCAGCUUUAGAAGCGGCUGCAGAGGCAGGGAAGCUAAUAGACACAAGAGCUCCAAUAGGUCAAGGAGCAGAACACAAUCUGAUGCAUAACUUUGAGUUGCCGUUAUCGCUAGCGGCAUUGCAGAAGUAUGGAGGACCUCAAGGAGUACAGAAAGCGUUCAUGGCGAGGAAACAGAUGACAGAAGCAACAGUGGGAUGCAGAGUUGUUGUGAAUGAUGGUAAGAGACAUGGACUUACGUUAACUGUUAGUGAUUACAAGAGAAGGAGAGGUCUUCUCUGAUUGUCGGAUUAUGACUCUCAAAAGUCAUUUUCAGCUUCUUAUAAAAACUUCUGCUUGGUUCUUCAUUUCUUCAUCUUUUGAUUGUACUUAAAAUGUUUAGAGCUAAUUGUUUUUUUUUCCAUAAGAUACUUUGUGCUCGUUCUCUGACUACUGUAUUAUGCCAGUCUUCA